AUGCUGUCUCGCUACGGUGCUGGCAAAACAUCCAAUUCUCGACCGGCCGAUGCGAUGCUUGCCCCUGGAGAUGAGCGCGACGAUGAGCGCUCGCCUGAGAACACUGCAACCUUCAAGCUUCAAGCUUCAAGGGCGCUGUCCUGGUCCGCUUUCAUCGGGGAAGUGCGACCUUCUAAGGUUGCUCCUCACGGUCAUCUCGGCAUCAAGAAAAACCCUAUGCGCGCCCUACUCGUGCACUGGCUGGAACCACAGCCCUUUUGCCGCCUGACCCAUCAAAAGAACAUUAUCGAUAGCCCCGGCUUUUGUUUGCGCGCAUGUUCGUUCUUUCCUUUCUCGUCCAUGUCCUCCAUCUCCCUUUCCGGUCGUAUGCGAUUCUCUUCGUCCCUCCUUUCCGCUUUCGUACUGUAUCUUUUCUCCUGUUUAGCCUUAGCUCCUCACGCUGUCGCUUACGGUCCCUUCUCGCCUCUCCUGCCUCCAUGGUCACGUCACUUUCUCGCCGUCCUCGUCCAUGCCCUCUCCUUCACCUACUCAUCUGGGCUGUUCAUCCCCUCCUCCCCAUUUAAUCCGUCAACCUUUCCUUCACUGCGGCCCCGUACUCCGCCGCUUCUCCUGCUCUUCGUACAUCAUGUACUGCAUCUCCUAGGGCUCCUCCCUUCACUGGCAACCCUCCCAGUCCUUCGCUCACUCUUCUGCUUCUACACCGACUCCCCGCUCAGGCCCCGCUCGGCAUUCUGUGCGUGCUUGAUGGCCUCGCCACUCAUAUACGCCACACUUCAUUGCCCAUAUCAACCUCUCGUCGUUUGGUUUCACCGUGUACAACAACUGCGCUCGUGCUGCAUUCGUCGCCUUCCCGCGGUCUUCACACCGCUGCGUAUCACAACCUCCUUCGUUCUUCCAGCCACCAUCUGUCCCCUUUUACUCCUCACCAAUUUCGCACUCCUGCUUCGUUGCCACAUGAUAAUCGGGCCCCUCGUGCGCGCUUAA